CCGGGACAGAUUUUUUAUAAACAAAUCAAAGAGCAGCUAGGGAGCCAUCUGGGAUCCCCAUUGAAGUCCACAGCAUUAUUGUCACACGGCGGGAUCUUUUCUCAGGGCUUGUCUGGUCCCUGUGAUGUUUGUGGGCGAUCAUGGUUUGCGCCUUGUGGAGCUUGUCUCCAAACAAAGAACGCAACGAAGCCCAUGCCUUGUUUGCAGCGAUUCGGAAGGGCGAUGUGGGUGGCGUGAGGAAUGUGGCGGAGCAGCAUCCACAUCUACUCAAUGAAGCUCGGUCCCUGCGCCGUCUAACGCCCUUGCACUUGGCGGCCUCCAUUGGUCAGCUCGAGGUCUUGAUCGCAUUGCUCGAGCGAGGCGCCGAUGCAGAACCUCUGGAUCGGUAUGGCAAGACACCCUUGAUGCUUGCUUGCAAGCAGAAGAAAUGGGCUUGUGCCGAGUGGCUUCUCGAUCGCGCCGGAGCGAAUAUAAUUGUAUUUGGUUCGUCACGCGGAAGAACAUGCUUACACUAUGCUGCCAAGGGAGGAAACUCUUCGUGCGUCCAGAAGAUCUUGGCAGCAGCCGAUUCAAGUACUUGGGGUCUGGCGAGAUUCCUGAAUGCGCAAGACAGGAGCGGGAUCACUGCUCUUCACCUGGCCAGCUUGAGCGGCCAUGCCGCCGUCGUCCAGGAACUUCUAAGCAACGGAGCGCUGGUCUCCGCGAGAACGAUUCCUUAUGGCCAGAUCAAUGAACUUGGUGGCGGAAUGUCCCCGCUGCAUGCUGCUGCUCGUGGAGGCUCGGUCGAAUGCGUGCAAGCGCUCCUCUCAUGGGGAGCAGACCGAAGGCAUCGUGACAACGAAGGGUUCACUGCUUACGGAGUGGCCAACGAGUACCACAACUUCGCGUGCGCGGCUCUGCUCAAUCCCAACGCAGCAGAGCCGCUGGUGUGGCCAUCGUCUCUCAAGUUCAUCAAGGAGCUGGAGCCGGAGGCCAAGAAGCUGCUCGAGGCGGCUCUACGCGAGGCCAACCGGCGGCACCACCGACAGCAGCACCGACCACGAAAACAAAAUCAACAAGAGCGAGAUCUAUCCCAGGAACUCGCUGCUAGUGGGAGCAGCUCCAUCAAGGACGAGGACGUGUGCUGCAUUUGCUUCGACCACUUGUGCACCAUCCAAGUCAAGGACUGUGGCCACCAGAUGUGUGCAACCUGUGCUCUCAAGCUCUGCUGUCACGGCUCCUCGUCGUCGUCGUCAUCACCGCCGGGAGCACUAGCAUGUCCGUUUUGUAGGCAGGACAUUGCAUCGCUCGUGCUGGCUCCAUCAUCGAUAUCUCAUGGCUGCCGGGACGAGCAGCAGCAGGUUCACCACCAAUCGUCGUCGUCGUCGUCCAGGCGAUCCAGGAGAGUUAAACCCCUCUCGCCGAGCGUUUCGGUUGUUCUUCGUCAACUUAGUCAUGAGGAGAUGGAAGGAGGCGAUGCUCCACCACCACCAAACUCGAGUGGAUUAAACAAAGGGAAAGAAGUGUCAAUCCGGUGGGUGUAGAGCUGAAAGUUUUUGUGCGUGCUGCCAGGCCUAGGAGGUAGAGGAACCGAUCGCGAAAGCAAAGAUUUUGGAGAGCGUUUGCUCGCGGAGUCGCUGCUGUUGCGUUUGUCCGUGUCGAGCCUUGAUUGUCAUUCAAUGCCCGGCAACGGCCGUGCAGACCCGACGAUGGUCUCAUGAACUUCUUGCCACUCCCUUAAAAAGCUUUUUCUUUCUCUUGCU